GCAAGAAUCUGAGCUCGGGUAUUUAUCGGGGCGGAGUAGAUGGGCGCGAGAAUGGCAGCGAGCAAGAACGAGAGGGGGCCACGGGCUUCGACAAAUUGGAGAGUGGAGGGUGGUGGGUAGAGAUGACGAGCGACCGUCCGAGGCCGAGGCGUCGAGAGGCGUCGUUCGGCGAGGGGAGGGGAGGGGAGGAGAGGGGAGGAGGAGAAAACGUGAGUCAGAUGGGGCGAACGAGGGCCUCACAAAUCACAAGUGGCAUGGCUGCGUUGGGCGAGAUUGUGUUUUGAUGACCGAAAGCGGAGCGGAAAGUUUUGGUACGAGUCAGACGUGGCAGAGGUGCGCUUUAUUGGAAGCUGGGACCCGAAACUCGCAGCUCGCAGCUCUCACCGUCGAGCCAAGUGCUGCAGUGUUGGAUGACCGUCCAUCGGGGGAUCCAAUUCGUCUCUCCCUGGAUUCGUUCGUCGUACUGGCCUAUCAGCAGUUCGCUUAGGCAGCAUUUGGUCCGGCACUCAUCGCCUUUCUUUCGAUCUCGGCCUUUCCCUGUUCCCUCUCUCCGCUGUGUGCAUGCAGCUGAAGUCCUGCGAUCCUGAAUUCACAUUCUGUGUUCUUGUUCCGGUGCCUACCGCGUAACCCGGGCUGGUAAAAUUGAUCGCCCGUCCACUUUGCGCUUUGACUCGCGCUUGCCACUGGCCCUCCACAAGUGAGCGAGCUCAUUCUGUGCAGCGCGAUAGAAUCCGCAAUUCAGAGGUCGUGAUUUGCCGCACGCCCACGAGCUCAGCCUCCCUCGAAAAGUCGUCAGUGAAUCGAAAGUACUCCAGUCAGGGAUAAACCCUCGACCUCCCUGCGCUUGAUCGUGUGGCCAAGUAAAUAAUGCUGCUCCUCGGAAGAAUGACCCGAUGACAGAAUCGGCUGCUUGCGCUGGGUCGCAUUGGGUGGAGGAGAUAAGUUCGAUGUUCGUGGACGUAACACACAUUUGAAAGUGAGACUGAAGGGAGUAAAGGCAUCAAGUCCCACAAGCUGUCGACUGGAUGGUGCUCGCAGCAGGAAUGCAGAGAAGGCAGUGAUGACUAUUCUGAUACACAUUCUUGUCGGUUCAGUGCGUGUGAGAGGCGCUUUAGCGCCACGUCGAUAGAAGAGCGGGAACAUGAUCAAUUUACGUGAGAUUUAGAACGCUCGAAGGGAACCAUUUCGACUCGAAGCCGACUGGGAACUGGAAUGAAGUUUGCGUAAUUGGAGACAUGGCUUCUUCUGUCAAAUUUCCGACGCCUGCUCUGAAUCAGAUCUUCAAUGCUGGAGGUUCCAAUUGUUCCGUCACUCCCGGAAGCUUGCAGUUACGUGGCGGGUCUAUCUUCCCCGUCCGAUACCUUGCUCCCAUUAGUGCUGGCGCGAAUUGCGAUCGGUCGUGCACAGGCAGCCUUCGAAAUGGCAGCUUCAGAAGAAGCAAUGCAGGUCAGCCGUCAGCGAGGCCCCGGAGAAAGACAGGGGAUCCAAAAUUGAAGAAGGCAGCUGUCGCCAAGGAAUUCUCUGGAAGCCUGCAGCCCCUCUCUGGUGCAACAGCCAACGUUCAAGAUCGUCGUCAAGAAGUUCCUAGCGAAGGUAGCACUGUAAAUGACGCUAUCAGUCACGAGGAUAGGCUCGGGACCGAGACAUUUGCUUCCGUUCGGGAUGUUCAAUCGGGGACCAUUGAACAGGUACUGGUUAUCGGAGGAGAUGCUGAACCGGGGAAUGUUGAGCAGGUGCUGCAUGUCGAGGCAGGGAGUACUGGAGCCGGUCAGAAACAUGUCGAUGAGACAUCGAGGUCUACUCUCACCGUUGCCGAUGUCGAGGAGAAGAAGGAAGAAAUUGAUGAUGAGAAAUCUGGUGAUGAGCUGAGCUGGGCUGAAGUCGAGCCUCUGCUUGCAGAAGAAACCUCGAAGGAGCGUGCAGUACGAGAACAAGAGGAGAAAAGGGCGCAGGAAGAAAUGCGGAGAAGUCAGAUAUUGAAGCUGGCGGUGAAGCACUCUUAUCUGAAGAACAAAAUAUUUUACUAUCCAAAUCCUGCGUUGGCGACAGAAGAGCUGGAAAUUUUCAUAAACCGCAGAAUCACAGCACUAAUCGGACAGCCUAAAAUAUUUAUCACGGGUGCUUUUAACGAUUGGAGGUGGAAGCCUUUCACCACGGAGCUUACUAAGACUAGUCUUCCUGGAGAUCCCGGGGAUUGGUGGGCUUGUAAGAUUCACGUGCCUAAGGAAGCGUACAAGGUUGACUUCAUAUUCUAUGAUGGGCUCAGUAUCUACGAAAACAAUGACCAAACGGAUUUCUUCAUCAUGGUGGACGGAGGAAUGUCAAAGGUAGAGUUUGAAUACUUCUUGCUGGAAGAGAAGGCGGAAGAAGCACGACGUCGGAAAGAAGAUCAGGCCAAAAAGGAGCGCAUUGCUGCUGAAGAGCGCGAACUGGCAGAGAGAAAGGCUGGUGAAGAGGCUGACAGGGCCCAGGCUAAGGCUAUCGUCAAUGACGAGAGAGAAAUGGCGAGAAGUUCUCUGCUGAAAGCAGUGGAAAGAGUUGAUGGACUUUGGUUCAUCGAACCUUCAAAAUUUGGAGGGGGUGAGUCUGUUACCCUGUUCUACAAUCGAGCAUCAGGCCCACUUUCCCAGAGCAAGGAGGUGUGGAUACAUGGUGGAUACAAUAAUUGGAAGGAAGUGGUCUCAGUCGUACAGGAGCUGUCUUUUCAGAACAGCAAUGGUGGUGACUGGUGGGCUGCAAAAGUCAAGGUUCCCGAAAAGGCGUACAUGCUGAACUGGGUCUUUGCUGAUGGUCCCCCAGAGACUGCACGGCUCUAUGACAAUAAUGAUUACAGAGAUUUUCAUGGUGUAGUUACGAAUACCUUGGCAGAGGAUGCCUACUGGGGGCAGUUUGAGGAGGAAGUAUACGAGAAGCUCCAGAAGGAGAGGCAAGCCAGACGUGAAGAAGCGGAGAGGAAGGCUGUACAUAUAGAGAAAUUGAAAAAGGAGAUGGCGGCAAAAACCAUGGAGACAUUCCUCCAAGCUCAGUCACAUAUUUUCUACACAAAGCCAGCUGAACCUCUAGCAGGAGAAGAUGUGACAGUAUAUUAUAACCCAUCUAACACCGUGCUGAAUGGCAAGCCAGACGUUUAUAUGCGUGGUUCUUUCAAUCGCUGGACUCAUUUUCUUGGAUGCUUCGAGCCCAUUAAAAUGGUGAAAGCCGAAAACGGUACUCAUCUCGAAGCAACAGUGAAAAUUCCCAAGGAUGCGUAUGUGAUGGACUUCGUAUUCUCUGAAAGAGGAGAUGACCGAGGCGGAAUUUACGAUAAUAGAAAUGGUCUUGACUAUCAUGUACCAGUUAAGGGUGGCCUUUUGUCUCAGCCACCAUUGGACAUCAUCCAUAUCGCCGUGGAAAUGGCUCCAAUCGCUAAGGUGGGAGGACUUGGCGAUGUGGUUACCAGUCUUGCUAGGGCUGUUCAAGAAAGUGGACACAAUACAGAGAUUAUACUUCCCAAGUACGACUGUUUGAACUAUAAAUAUAUUCAAGACUUGCAAGAAGUUCAGGCUUUUCACUUUGGAGGCUCAAAGGUUAGAGUGUGGAAUGGAAAAGUCGAAGGCUUGACUGUGCAUUUUCUUGAACCAGAAAAUGGAAUGUUUUGGGCAGGAUGCAUAUACGGGCGUAGAGACGAUGGAGCUCGCUUCGGAUUCUUCUGUCACUCCGCCCUCGAGUUUCUUCGGCAAAGUGGGAAACAUGUGGACAUAAUUCACUGUCAUGAUUGGUCAUCUGCCCCGGUUGCAUGGUUAUUCAAUGAAGGUUACAGGCUGAAUAACAUGCAUGAUUCUCGUAUCGUCUUCAGCAUACACAACCUUGAGUUUGGCGCUCCUCUUAUUGGGAGAGCAAUGGCCAACGCUCACAUGGCGACCACUGUUUCACCCACCUAUGCUGCUGAAGUAGCCGGAAAUGGAGUGAUUGCUCCACAUCUCCACAAGUUCCAUGGUAUAAGGAAUGGAAUUGAUCCAGAGAUCUGGGAUCCUUAUACUGACCCUUUUAUACCUGUGGCUUACACCACAGAGUCUGUUACUGAAGGCAAGAGAGCAGCGAAGGAAGAACUGCGACGUCGACUUGGCUUGAGGCAAGAUGACCGACCCAUGCUCGGCAUCAUCACUCGUCUAACUGCACAGAAGGGCAUUGCCCUAAUUAAGCAUGGGAUAUAUCGUACACUUGAACGUGGUGGCCAGGUGGUUCUCCUUGGCUCAGCACCAGAUCCUAGGGUGCAGAAUGAAUUCGUCAAUUUGUCGAACCAGUUGAAUCAGUCACACGGUGACAUGGCCAGGUUGUGUCUCUCGUAUGACGAACCGCUCUCUCAUCUAAUAUACGCCGGAUCGGACUUCAUAUUGAUACCUUCGAUUUUUGAGCCGUGUGGUUUAACACAAUUAACGGCAAUGAGAUAUGGUGCUAUUCCAGUGGUCCGUAAGACCGGAGGAUUGAAUGAUACGGUCUUUGAUGUAGAUCAUGAUAAAGAACGUGCGAGGGCACAGGGCUUGGCUGUAAACGGUUUCAGCUUUGAAGCUCCAGACGCGGCUGGUCUUGACUACGCACUCAACAGAGCAAUUUCGGCAUGGUAUGAGGCACGGGACUGGUUUCAGGAUCUUUGCAAGCAAGUGAUGCAGCAAGAUUGGACCUGGAACCGGCCUGCUCUUGACUACAUUGAACUUUAUUAUGGUGCCAAAAAGAAACCGUGAGAAACCUGAGCUGGCAGUUACUCUAGUACCGUGGAAAGAUUUGGCAACAACAACAUGAGCAAGGACCGACGAAGUUUUUUAGACGGAAUGUGUAACGAAAUGGUCCUAGAUCAAUAGUGUCUGUCCUUUUUCUUGUCAGUUCCACUCCGAGUAAAACCGGAACUGCUGCACAUCCCGAUUAGAUGCAUAUAAAGUAAAUUUUUUAACAUAAUUUUAGAAAGGUAUAAAGUCAUCGAAGUAGUUUUGGUAGGUUUAGAAAGUGUAACAUGAAACAUGAGACUAUUCAUCCUGUACCGUAAAUCCCUACAGUCAAGCGGCUGCUGCUCACACAUGUCAGCUGUAGCUACAAAUUUAGGUUUGCAUCAUUAAACCCAUGUUUUGUACACAAAAUUUGCAACCCAUUGUCUCUUGAGGGUUUGUACCAUGACUGAUACGGUUUUAAGUCAUGAACGUGGAGCAAAAUGGCUGCAUUACACAUUGCAUCAAACUAAGUACUCAACCAUUUUCAGAUUUGGCUGUUCUUAGUUUUGGCACUUAUUUGUCGGCAGCGCUCAUGAUCAAACUGCAAUUUCUGGAAGGAGAAAGAGGAUCUGAAAUGACGGUACAGGCUUGAGGUUGGUUCCCCACGGCCAACAUAAGCGAUUUAUUUUUCUCGAAGUAAAGGAUGUUAUCUACAUUAUUCUAUGUAUAUACUUGCGAUCAACUCCUUUCACACU